UUCUCCAUUGUUUAAGCGAAGAACGUUAACAUAUUUUAUACACUAUCAAGUUUUAAACUUCAAUGUGCACAUGAAUGAGGACUUGCAAUCCUUAGCCACUUCAUUUGCCAUCAACGUUAUCUGAUGAUGUACUCGUUUUAUCAUGACAUCGACAGCACCUAAUUCGAUUUACUUAAUUAGAAAUUAUUGUGCAUAUAAUAGAAGAUAACUGGGAAAAGUCAUUAUUAUAAAUUAAAUUAAUUUCCAAGCCGAUUGAUGCAUUUUAAUUUAAAUUAGUGAUUCAUACAAAUUGUUACACAAAGAUACACUUCUCCAGCUUAUACUUUUCUCAAAAAUAAUCGAAAAAGAUUUUAAAUUCAAGCGGAAUAUUGAUCUGAUAAAUCGUUUGAAUAAAUAUUUACUAUUCUAAAAAUAGACUCGUGUAGAGUGAAACUAGUUUUGGUUUUUAGCUCAGAGAUUGAUAUACCGUUGGAUAGCUUGACCAUUGCUACAAAUUUUUUCAUCGUCUAAAGUGCGACGCAUACAAAAAUGUCAAAGAGAUUGACAAAAAAGAAAAAAAUGAAAACGCAAAAAUAUUACUGUUUAUUGAUAUAUUUAUUUAGUGCACUUGAAAUUUUAAAAAGAAAACGCUCUUAAAUGUGACGAGUCCGCCCUAAAACGACAAGUACCCCAAACAUACAAAUCCUCUCGCCUCAUUUCGAUGAAGCUCAAAUUCGUGUUACCGUUUCUGGUCGACCAUUUAGUAGCCAAGAAGACAUUGUCACAAGUACAAAUUUUUAUUUUUCGUGCUCCGACUAACUUGGCACGUUCUGCAUUAAACAUUGUCAAAACUACAUUUAUUUUUCGAGGUAUGAAUUUAAUUUUGUUCAAUAUCGGCGGUCGAUGGAAUUCGAAAUUUCGGAAUUUUUUCGAUUUUUUUGUUCAAUAGCAUAAUGUCAUCGAUAUAAGCCCCAAGAAUUUGAAGUCGUUCGAUUUUCGUCAGGCACUUUGCUAAAAUAUCUAUAUCCUUGAGGUCAUAGAAUCUCUUUAACAUAGUUAAUUCUCUCAAAUUGGUCAAUUGGUCUAAAUCAUAACCUAGAUUAUAACAAUCGCUACAUUCAAUGCACAAUAACUCGAGACCUUUGAGUGACAUCAACUUAGUCCUGUUCCCUUCGAAAGCACGAAUCUUAAAGUAUAGUCGCUUAAUGUUGAUUUGAUAAUUCCAAAAGAGUUUCAACUGGUGGAUGACAGUAAAAUCCAUUGAAUUCCAAUAUAUCCAAUUUUGCAUUGGAAUUUAAAAGUAUGUCACGAUUCACCCACAAAAAUUCUGUGGUAGUGGGAAAUCUCUGUACAUUUUGAUUACGUACGAAAAAUUCACGUAGCUUUUCGGCAAAACUGUGCAGAAGGCAUCAAUUCUAAGCGUUCAAGCUUGGGAUAUUUUUGCAAUAACCAGUUGUCUAUAUGUUUUUAGCGGUAACCGGCAUCCGAAUCUACAAUAUAAAUCUCUUUAAAUAUAAUAUUUUUUAUAAGAAAAUGUCUAGCACAUUUGAUAGAACAUAAAACGUUGUUUCUAAAAACCUUAUAAACAAUGCAAUGUGUGAUAGCGCCAUCUAUAUGAAAAAAAAAAAAAAAAAACAAAUGGUGUUGCCUGUUUGCGUUUGUAGUGCUUCAAUAAGUACAAUACACAGCUUGAAUGUGUCAAAAACUAUGUUUACUAAGUGAGACAUUUCGAAGAACAGCCAAUUAUCAAAAUAAGUAUUAGUGUCGAGUUUACAGAAACGGUUUAGAUUUUGUGUUUGUUUGAAAAAUCAUUCAAUUUAGAAUUUAAAAAAAAAUGUCAAAACGACGUGCAAAUGAAGUUGUUGUGGCUCGUGGCCGUUUAAAGGGAGCAUUACAAGAGCUUGCAAAUGUAAAUGACGAUGAUGAUGAUUUGGAUGCAAGUAAACCAAGCCGUGGACGUCCACCAAAACGUGCCAAAAAAGAACCGACACCACCACCACAGCCGCAAAUCCAACAUAGUUUCAUUAUGAAAUUGUUCGAUCGUUGCGUUGACCUUGCCAAAUACAAUGAACAUACUGCACUUUAUCCCAUUUGUCGGGCUUGGAUGUUAAAUCAACCUCGAUCUAAUGCGAUUAUCAACUACAAAACCAAAAAGGAAAUUUCAUUCGUAAAACGCGAAGAGAAUGAUGAUCUUUUGGAGGACAUCAAAGCCGAACGAAUAACUGAAAUCAGCGACUUACCACCAUGUAAAGAUGUUGACAUUUCACGAAUACCAUUACCAUUGCCAUUUCAAAAAAAUAGCAACAGCACAGAGGACGUGGAUAGAGGAUUUGACGGACCAAAACAUGAUCGUAAUGUGUUGUUAACGUCGUGGAAAGAGCGUUGGUGCCAAGUACGUAAAAAAUGGCUGGAUCAUACAAAGGAUUAUGAAGAGAAAAAACACGGUGUCAAUAUGGCCAUUUUAGAGGCAUUAUACAAAAAAUAAUACAUUCACCAUCAUCGCAAUCGAUUUCUUUACCAUCAUUGUCAAUUUCUUAUAGUAGCUAAAAUCGUUUGGAUUUAUGAAAUCAAAAAUGUGACGAGUAUUUUUUCAAUUUAUUUUCCAUUUUCACUUUAAAUUUCGAUUUAGGUCUGGUGUUUAAUUUAAUGUUUUAUAUGGACGUGAUUUUGUUUAUUAUUUGGAUUUUUUUUCACUUACAGUGUAAAUUAGUAAACAAAAACCAAUGUACAAUUGUACAAACAAUCUACAAGUCGACAACAUAAUUAUAUAAAUUAACAUAACAUCAGUACAAUCA